AUGUCGAUAACGCCGAUCAUCACAUUCAAAGCGGGUACCUGUGACCUUGAGACCCAGUCAUCAAACGUCCAAGUCAAGCCUCAGCAGACGCCGGGGUAUCUUUACCUCUAUUCCGAAGAUGAGCUUAUUCACUUCUGCUGGCGCCCUCGAAGCGCUCCUCACACAGAACCUGAAUUGGACUUGGUAAUGGUUCCUUCCGACGGCACAUUUACUCCUUAUCGCCCCGAUGGAAAACCUACGAAUGGCCGAAUCUACGUCCUCAAGUUCUCGUCAAGCUCCCAGCGAUAUCUCUUCUGGCUUCAAUCCAAGUCCCAACAUGAUGAAGAUGACCCCUCUUUCUGGAGCGCGAGGGACCUUAAGCUUGGAUGGAUUGUCAACAAGCUGUUACAAGGUGACGAAAUAGAUGUAGAGAGCGAGAUUGCGGCUAUCCCCAGAGGCAAUGGUGAUGAUGAUGAGACAAUGGAGGAUGUUGAAGGCGUGGACCAUGACCCAAGCCAUAACCGCGGAGGUAGCAGCGGUGGUGCAGGACCGGAUGCAACUGGUGGGGAUGUGAGAGAGGAAGGACAGGGAUCGAGGGAGGGUGGAGCAGAUGGUGGAAGAGCGACUCGUGGUGCCUCCAAUCCUUCAGCUGUGGUACAGGACUUCUUACAAUCUCUGGGAGGGAACCAGUCCCAGCAAGCUGAACAACCGUUCACUACAUUGCAAGAUCUGCUGCCUCCAUCGACUACACUGCCCUUCUUGGAGACCCUCGAUGUCGAAAGGGUUGACAGCCUCUUGAAGUUUUUACCCCAAGAGUUACUGAUUUUGGCGUUUCAGAUGGAGGGUCAACCUGAUGCUCAACGCGGUCCCGAAACUGCACAGGAUGUUCUCAGCGCCCUCAACCUCUCGCAAAAAAAGAACAUCGUUAGGAGAGUUUUACACUCCCCUCAGUUCACCCAGAGCCUUGCAAGCUUGACUGUGGCUAUCAGGGAUGGAGGGCUUCCUAGCAUUAGCGAAGCCUUGAAGAUACCAGUCGAGAAUGGAGGAUUCAUGCGCCGAGGGGGCGUUCCGCUAGGCGGCGGUGAUGCAAUGAAGGCAUUCAUCCAAGGCGUUCGGGAUCAUGUUCAGAACGGGACUCAAGGAAGUCUCAUGGAAACCGACUGA